AUGAGUGCUACAUCCGGAGUUGUCAACAGGCCAUUGGUGUUAAACCAUGGCUCAAUCGAGUCAACCAUCUUAAUCCCAACCACAGAAUAUCAUUUCUACCAAACGUUACUGGAAGGGUUCAGGAAGUCAUUGCCACAAGUUACCGAGGGAUUUGCUGACGACGACGAGCCGAGCUCCAAGGCAGAACUUCUGAUGAAGUUUUUGGGUUACAUUGUCCAAUCUGGAGUCUCCAAUCAGCAAGAGCAAUUAGCUGCUGCAAAGUUGGUUUUGAAUGAGUUCGAGUCCCGUUUCCUUCAAGGAUUGAACUUGCACUCUUAUGCUGCCAUUUUGCUUAAGAGCGAGACCUUUCCCACAACAUUAUUGAAAAUCAAAGAAAACUUAAUCAAGAACUACUACCUGGGAAGAGCCCUUGUCUACCUGCCAGGUCAGCGUGGCCUUGUAUACCCUCCCUCGGCAUUACUUAAUGCUGGAAAGUCCGGCUCCGCUCAGAUCUACGCCAUAUUUGGAGGUCAAGGUAACACCGAUGACUAUUUCGAAGAACUUAGAGAUAUUUACCACAUCUACCAAGGUCUCGUGUCAGACUUCGUUACCAAGGCCCAGUUGAAGUUACAAGAGCUCAUCAGAACCACCCCUGAAACUGACAGAAUAUAUACACAGGGUCUAGACCUGAUCAAUUGGCUGGAAAACAAGGACAAGACUCCUGACCAACAACAAUUGCUAUCCAUUCCAAUGUCAUGUCCUCUAAUUUGUGUUAUCCAACUGUGUCAUUACAUUGUCACUUGCCGCAUCUUAGGUAUUACACCUGGUCAACUCAGAGAUUCCUUGAAAGGUACUACAGGUCACUCCCAAGGUCUGGUCACCGCUGUGGUCGUUUCUUCUGCUGAUUCCUGGGAAUCCUUUGAGAAAUUGGCGCUUCAGGCAGUUGAAUUCAUGUUCUACAUUGGUGUUAGAGGACUACAAACCUAUCCAAACACCUCUUUACCUCCAUCCAUCGUCCAAGAUUCCGAAGAAAAUGCCGAGGGAACUCCUUCUCCCAUGCUUUCAGUUAGAGACCUUUCCUAUGACCAAUUGGUCAAGUUUGUCAACGAAACGAACCAGCACUUGCCUGAGGCCAAACAUAUCGACAUCUCUUUAAUAAAUGGGCCCAGAAAUGUCGUCUUGACAGGCCCUCCUCAAUCACUUUACGGUUUGAAUCUGAACUUGAGAAAAGCUAAAGCACCUUCAGGCUUAGACCAAGCCAGAAUUCCAUUCAGUGAAAGGAAGUUGCGUUUCUCUAACAGAUUCCUUCCGAUCAUGUCUCCUUUCCAUUCUCAUUUGCUUUCCCCAUCUACUGAGAAGAUUGUAGCUGACUUGAAGAAGGCUGGUGUUGAGUUUUCUCAAUCCAGCAUGAAGCUUCCAGUUUUUGAUACCUAUGAUGGUAAGGAUCUAAGAUCAUAUUCAGGAUCCAUUGCCGCUAGAUUGGUGGAAUGUAUCACCAAAUUACGCGUCAACUGGGAACUGUCUACGGAGUUUAAUUCAACACAUGUUCUGGACUUUGGUCCUGGUGGAGCUUCCGGGUUGGGUGUUUUGACCCACAGAAACAAGGAGGGGACGGGCUCUAGGGUUAUCGUUGCCGGUGUCUUAGAUGCUGAGUCCGAGGACUCUGAGUUUGGCUAUAAACAGGAAAUUUUUGAGUCUAAUGAAAAGGCAAUCAAGUACGCUCCAAACUGGUUGAAAGAAUAUAAACCAAAGUUGGUGAAAACUUCCGCUGGCAAAAUAUUCGUUGACACUAAGUUUUCUAGACUUCUUGGAAGAGCUCCGUUAAUGGUUCCAGGUAUGACUCCUACUACUGUGUCUCCUGACUUUGUUGCUGCUACUUUGAAUGCUGGUUUUCAUACUGAGAUUGCAGGUGGUGGGUACUUUGCUCCUUCUAUUAUGAAAGCUGCAUUGCAACGGGUUAUUGACCAGGUCACUCCCGGUACCGGUGUUGGUAUCAACCUGAUUUACGUUAAUCCAAGAAUGUUGCAAUGGGGUAUCCCCAUGAUCAAGGAGCUAAGAGAGCAAGGGUUCCCAAUCCAAUCUUUGUCCAUUGGUGCUGGUGUUCCCUCCCUUGAGGUUGCAACUGAGUACAUUGAGACACUAGGGUUGGCUCAUCUCGGUCUUAAGCCAGGUUCUAUCGAUGCCGUCAAUCAAGUAAUCACUAUCGCUAAAGCUCAUCCUAACUUCCCAAUUGUUCUUCAGUGGACUGGUGGUAGAGGUGGAGGUCACCAUUCUUUUGAAGAUUUUCACCAACCUAUUCUUCAAAUGUACUCCAAGAUCAGAAAGUGCAAAAACAUUAUUCUUAUUGCCGGAUCUGGUUUUGGUUCUGCGGAGGAUACUUACCCUUACUUGACUGGGUCUUGGUCCCAUCAGUUCAGUUAUCCAUCGAUGCCAUUCGAUGGUGUCUUAUUUGGUUCCAGGGUCAUGACCGCCAAGGAAGCUAAGACAUCACCAGCCGCAAAACAGGCCAUUGCCGAUUGUACUGGUGUUGACAAUUCUCAAUGGGAGAACACUUACAAGAAGCCUACAGGAGGUAUCAUCACUGUUAGAUCCGAAAUGGGUGAGCCAAUCCACAAGAUUGCUACUCGUGGUGUUAUGUUGUGGAAGGAGCUUGAUGAUACAAUCUUUACCUUGCCAAAGAACAAAAUGCUAGAGGCUAUUGCUAAAAAGAAGGAUUACAUCAUCAAGAAGCUAAAUGCCGACUAUCAGAAGCCUUGGUUUGCUAAGAAUGAGAAGGGUACUUGUGACCUCGAGGAUAUGACUUACAAGCAAAUCGCAGAAAGAUUGGUUGAGCUAAUGUAUGUUAGAAAAUCUCAAAGAUGGAUUGAUGUUACUCUUAGAAAUUUCACUGGUAAAUUCCUCAGACGAAUUGAAGAGAGAUUUGCCACUAAAGUUGGAACCAUCUCCUUAAUUCAGAACUUUUCUCAACUAGAAGAACCUGAGAAAGCCAUUGACUCUGUUUUCAAGGCUUACCCUGAAGCUGCUAGCCAACUGAUCAAUGAGGAGGAUUGUGACUGGUUUUUAUUGGAAGCUCAAUCUCCUACGCAGAAGCCUGUCCCAUUUAUUCCAGUGCUUGAUGAGAGGUUCGAGUUCUUCUUCAAGAAGGACUCUCUAUGGCAAUCCGAAGAUUUGGAAGCUGUCGUUGGCGAGGAUGUCCAAAGAACUUGUAUCUUACAUGGUCCAGUCGCUGCUCAAUUCUCUAAUAAAGUUGAUGAGCCAAUCAAGGACAUUUUGGAGAACAUUCAUAAGGGUCACAUCAAGUCUUUGGUCAAAGAAGUUUACAACGGUGAUGAAAGCAAGAUUCCUGUUGUUGAAUAUUUCUCCUCUGUGGACUCAUUUUCCGAUACCGCUAUUGAGGGUGUGAAAAUUGAACGUUCCCGCAAUACAGAGACAUUUACUGUGACUUCUGGCAAUGUCGAUAACCAGCAAUGGUUUGAUUUGUUAGCUGGCAAAGAGUUAUCCUGGAGACGUGCUUUCAUCACCGCUGCUAGGUUGGUCCAAGGUACCAACUUUGUUUCCAAUCCUGCCCAUAGCGUUCUUGCCCCAAGCAAAGACUUGGUGGUUAAGAUUGAGAAUGGCUCUGAUGCCAAAAAGACUGUCUUGACCGCCUUCCAGCGUGUGCGCGGUAAAUACGUCCCUGCUGUGUCUCUGAAAAGUAUUGGUGACUUGAAAAUCAAAUUAGAGCUUAUCGAGACUAGAACUGCCGACAAGUCUGCUGUUGCCUUGGAGCUGUUCUACAAUUACAAACCUACUGAUGGUUUUGCUCCAAUCUUAGAGGUUAUGGAGGGUCGUAACACUUCUAUCAAGAACUUCUAUUGGAAGCUAUGGUUUGGUUCUUCCGUUCCAGUUGAUUUGGACUUCGAUGCUAAUAAACCAAUUAGUGGUGGCGAGGCUUCUGUCUCUUCUCAAGCUAUUGCUGAGUUUACACACGCUGUUGGAAACUCAUGCGAGGACUUUGUGCCCAGAGCUGGUAGACCUCAACUUGCUCCAAUGGACUUUGCUAUAGUUUUAGGCUGGAAGGCCAUCAUGAAGGCCAUCUUCCCUAAGACUGUUGAUGGCGAUAUCUUGAAGUUGGUUCACCUGUCCAACGGUUAUAAAAUGUUCCCAGGAGCUGAUCCUUUGAAGAAAGGGGAUGUCGUUUCCACUGUUGCUCACAUCAGGAGUGUUGUUAAUGGUGAAACUGGAAAGACUGUUGAAGUUGUUGGUGUCAUCUCAAGAGAUGGAAAGCCUGUUUUGGAAGUUAACUCCCAGUUUUUCUACAGAGGAAAGUAUCAAGAUUUUGGAAACUCUUUCAAGAAGACCACUGAAACUCCUGUUCAAGUAGCUUUCAAAUCUGCCAAAGAUAUUGCUGUUUUGAAAUCUAAGGAAUGGUUCCAUCUGGAGAAGGACAUUGACCUGCUGAACCAAACAUUGACUUUCCGUUGUGAGUCAUAUGUGAAGUUCAAGUCUAGUACUGUGUUUGCCUCUGUGAAGACUACCGGUCAAGCUUUAUUGGAACUUCCUAGUAAGGAGAUCAUUCAGGUAGCUGAAAUUAAUUAUGAGUCUGGCUCCUCUUACGGAAACCCAGUUCUUGAUUACUUAACUCGUCAUGGCUCAACUAUUGAACAGCCAAUUAUGUUUGAGAAUGCUAUUCCAUUAGCACAGGGAACAGAACUAACUUCAAAAGCUCCUGGUACAAAUGAGACAUAUGCAGCAGUUUCUGGUGAUUACAACCCUAUUCAUGUCAACAAAGUUUUUGCUUCCUAUGCUAACCUACCAGGUACCAUAACUCAUGGAAUGUACUCUUCUGCUGCUGUGAGGGCACUCGUUGAACAAUGGGCAGCUCAAAAUGUUGCCACUAGAGUUAGAGCGUUCAAGGCUGAUUUUGUGGGAAUGGUGCUGCCAAAUGACGAGUUAGUUACUCACUUAGAGCACGUCGGUAUGAUCAACGGUCGUAAGAUUAUCAAGGUGGAAACUAAGAAGGUCGAGACCGAAGAGGUUGUUCUGAUUGGUGAAGCUGAGAUUGAACAACCAGUCUCCACUUUUGUAUUCACUGGACAAGGCUCUCAAGAGCAAGGCAUGGGUAUGGACCUUUACAACUCGUCCGAGGUUGCUAAGUCUGUAUGGGAUAGAGCUGACGUACAUUUCAUUAACAACUAUGGAUUUUCAAUUUUGGACAUUGUUAAAAACAACCCCACCGAGCUUACUGUCCACUUUGGUGGAGCCAAGGGUAGAAGUAUUAGAAACAACUAUAUCAGUAUGAUGUUUGAGACUGUUGCCGCUGAUGGUCAACUAAAGUCAGAGAAAAUCUUCAAAGAAAUCAAUGAAGAUACUAUUUCCUUCACUUUCAAAUCUCCUACCGGGCUUUUGUCUGCUACUCAAUUUACCCAACCGGCUUUGACAUUGAUGGAAAAGGCCUCUUUCGAGGACAUGAAAUCUAAGGGAUUGGUUCCAUCUGAAUCAAUGUUUGCUGGUCACUCAUUGGGUGAGUAUUCUGCUCUGACCUCUCUGGGUGAUGUUAUGCCAAUUGAGUCAUUGGUGGAUGUGGUGUUCUAUAGAGGUAUGACCAUGCAAGUUGCUGUCCCUAGAGACGAGCAAGGUAGAUCAAAUUACGGUAUGAUUGCUGUCAACCCAUCUAGAGUCUCAUCUACAUUCAACGAUUCUGCUUUGAGAUUUGUUGUCGAACACAUCGCUCAACAAACUGGAUGGUUGUUGGAGAUUGUUAACUACAAUGUUGAGAAUACUCAGUACGUUGCUGCCGGUGACUUGAGAGGACUUGACACAUUGUCGAACGUCUUGAAUGUAUUCAAGAUCCAGAAAAUUGACAUUGUCAAACUACAAGAAACUAUUUCUCUGGAUGAAGUUAAGGUCCAUCUUUCUGAGAUUGUGGAUGAAGUUUCCAAGAAAUCGUCUUCCAAACCACAGCCAAUUGACUUGGAAAGGGGCUUUGCUUGCAUUCCGUUGAAGGGUAUUUCUGUGCCCUUCCACUCCUCAUACUUACGUUCUGGUGUCAAACCAUUCCAAACCUUCUUGUGUAAGAAGAUCCCAAAGUCUGCUGUUAAACCAGCCAACUUGAUUGGCAAGUAUAUUCCAAACUUGACCGCCAAGCCUUUCCAAUUGACCAAGGAGUACUUCGAGGAUGUGUAUGAGCUCACAAAGUCUGAAAAGAUCAAACACAUUCUUGACCAUUGGGAAGAGUAUGAGUCUUCCUGA